GCGGGAGCGCGGCCCGGGCGACUCGGCCGCGGGCGGUUCUGGCGGCCCGAGCGCCGCGCCCUUCCCCGGCUCCAUGUCGGCGUGGCUCGGCCGGGCGGCGCUGCUGCUGGGGCGGCCAGGGGGCCCCGCCGCCAUCCCCUCGUCCUGCCUGGGCUCGCUGCGGGGCCCGUGGUGCUGCUGCCGCCGCCGCCUGAGCUGCCUGCGGGGCGGCGCCGAGGGGCUACUCCUCCCGCGGGGGUCGCGGGCGCUCGGCACCCACCCCAAGAAGGAGCCGAUGGAGGCGCUGAACACAGCUCAGGGGGCCCGCGACUUCAUCUACAGCCUGCACUCCACCGAGCGGAGCUGCCUGCUGCGGGAGCUCCACCGCUUCGAGUCCAUCGCCAUCGCCCAAGAGAAGUUGGAGGUUGCACCACCAUCCCCAGGACAACUGAGACAUGUGUUCUUCCACAAUGCAUUACCUUUUGUAGGGUUUGGAUUUUUGGAUAACGCAAUUAUGAUUGCUGCGGGAACCCAGAUAGAAUUGUCAAUUGGAGUUGUCUUAGGAAUUUCAACUAUGGCAGCUGCAGCUUUGGGAAACCUUGUUUCAGAUUUAGCUGGACUGGGUCUUGCAGGUUAUGUGGAAGCUUUGGCUUCCCGGCUGGGUCUGUCAAUCCCUGACCUGACACCCAAACAAGCUGACAUGUGGCAGACCCGGCUCAGUGCACACUUGGGUAAAGCUAUUGGAGUGACCAUUGGCUGCAUUUUAGGAAUGUUUCCUUUGUUGUUCUUUGGCGAGGAGGAAGAAAAACUGGAAGAAAAAUAAUAAUCUUUUUACAAGACAUAUACAAAUGUAAACUACUGUACCUCAAUUAUUCAAUUAUGCUGUCAAUAUUUAGGAAUUAACAGACAGUAAAAAAAUGUAUAGACUUGGGAACAAAACCUUCAGCAUGUCAUUUUAUGGAAACACUAAUUUAUUGUGGCCUUGUUGUGUUCAGUACUUCUUUUUAUAAGGUAUCAUCUAACUUUUUAUUUAAUUGUAAAUUUUUGAAGUGUUUUCACUUAUGGCAAGAUGUUUACCACUUUCCCCUUUGAACUUAUUCUUUAAUGGAUUAUUACUUCAAUAAUCCACCAUGGAUGACAGUAUCACUCUUGAGUUGCAUAUUGUUUGCUUAACAGUUGUAAUUGCAUGACAGAAAUAUCACUGGUGUUCAUCAGGUCCUUCAAUGCAGAUUAUUAAGAAGGUCAGGGAUAAGUAAUUUGAAGUCCCUCACUUUGCAAGGAGACUGGUUGCCCCUCACCAGCCAUCAUUUUGCACUGCCUUAGAUUAGAUAUUUCAGUGAUCUUUGACAGUAUAGUUUCAUUUUUUCAUAAUUCUGACUUAAGUGUCUCUGAAUUGUCUUCUGAUGAUCAUGCUGAUGCUUUGACAAGGUAAGUGUUUCCAGUGUAGGCUCUCUACCAAGUCCAUCUUUAAAGUGGUGAUUUAACGCCUUCUGUACUUCCAUAUUCAUGCCUCUUUUUUCCCUUUCUAAACAGUGUUUUGUGAAUUGAGUUGAAAUAUCCUUAAAUUUGUCUUCCUCUGUUUUGAGUGUGGUAUUAAAGAAUUCAGACCAACUGUUUCAAAACCACAAACAACUUUUUUAAUUGUUCUGCUUAAUAUAAGGUGUGAAUAAUUGAUUGGGUAGAUGAGGCCAGGGAACAGUUCAGGGUAUGAAUGAAUGCUGGCAUUGCAAGUUUGUUAUGAGUGGUUCAGUUGUAAUAAUAAGUGUACCAUCAGUCUGGAUUAGAGGACCUGAUUUGAUGAUAAUACCUUUGUGUUUAAGAUUGAGCCUUUGCUGCUUUUUUUUCCUGACACAAUUAGUUAAAAAAAACAAGCAACAAAAAUAGGAGAAUUGAGGACUUUUUACUUUUUUUUUACUUUUAUUUUUGUAGUCUUACUUGGCGUAUUAUAGACCUGACAGUGCAGUAUCAUGUAACUGUGCUUUUUUAUAUGGUUAUGAAUAAAAUUAUGGCAACUAUUGAAUAUUCAUAAUAUUUCAGGAUCUUGCUUGCCAACAGCAUAAUGCUAAACUGCUAAUUGUCCCUUAGAGGAGAAGGUUUCUUACUUGUUUGAAUACCACUAAAAGUGGAAAAGCCACUAAAAAGUGGCACAGCCAGGGUACUUUGAAAGUUUUGUUGCUGAAAUUGCUAGCACUUCUGAAACCUAGAAAGAAAAGUUAAAAAAAAUCAAGUCCCCUGAUGAUUUUUAUUUGCUGUGGGAAAAGUCUUAUUGUAACGUGUGUUUUACAAAGCUCAUUGCUUAGCUCAUUGUUAUAAAUCUGACUUCUCUGUUCUGAUUUCUAGAAGCCCUUUAACAGCAAUACUGAAACUGACUUUAAUGAAGGUGACACUUGUAUCUGUUUCUUAAAAAGCAGAUGUUGAAAGCUUGGAGUGAGUAGUCCUAAUAGUAUGUGCUGUAGUUUGCACAUUAAACCAGCAAAAUCUGGACUAAGCUGUAAAACUGAACGAAAGCUCAGCCAAGCAUCAAACACAAAUGCAGAGGAGCUUCAGCUUGUUCUUCAAAGGUGGAAGCUUUAUUAAAAUAGAAUUAAAUAAAAAUCCAAAUAACAACAACCCCCACAACUCUAGCACAAAAAAACCCACCAAAAAACCUCAACCCACAAAAACAAUCCAGAAAGGCAAUUAUGCACUCUUUCACCAACAGAUUGCUGCUGGUUUACAGUACUUCAGUGUUCAGAGAUUUUUUUACUCAUCCACACAUUUGUCUUGCCUUGAACUUUUAACUUUUCUGCCUCUGCAUGCACUUUUGUUUCUAUACAAAGCUCUAUGUAUUUUUCAUGUUUUUCUUAAACUGAAGUACAAGUCAAAGCAAUUUUGCAUAGCUGCUUUUGUUGCUGUUUUUACAAUUACUUCAACACUGUUUCCCAUUACAAUACUGGUAUCUUGAUUGGAAUCUUCCAGCAGUGGCCAAAUCUCUGUUCUUUGGCAUUGUACCAUUGCAACACUGUUUUCAUCACUCUGUUACAGCUCAUGAGAACAAUUGGAAGGUUGUGCCAGCUGUCACAGUACUAUUUGUUUCAUAAUGGCAAUAGGAAAGACUGUGUACUAUUGUUAAAUAGCUUGUGCAUGUAAAUUGAGUACCUUUUGUUGCUGUAUGUCAAACUAUUGUACUGCAACCAGUGCUUUUAUUGAGAAUCAAUGAACUAAAGUAUCUUGAAAGAAGUUAAUCAUGUGUCGUCUUGUUAAACUGCUUAGUUGACCACAAAAAUGUGGAGGGCAAGUGACACAUGGUAAGAAAUAUUGGGUAUUUCAGUCUGAUACCAUAAUGAAGAAGGUGACUUCUGGGGUUUCAGUAUUUGAUAAAGAUGAGGAGUAACUUGUGAUGUGAGAGGAUUAGUGGUGCUGUUGGAGGCUCAGAGAAGGUGUUUAUUGGGGCCAAGCUGCCCCCCUGAGAACCAGGUAGUUCAGGAUCCACACUUGUGUGGGCAAGGCACUGCUGUGUGUGGGAGAGAAGAUCUGUGCCCUGUCUCUCCACAAGGAGAAUGGGUUUUUCUGGGGUGUAUGGAUGAAAGCAAUCCCUGAUGCUCUGAUCACACUUACUAAAAACCUGGCUGAGAAGACACAGUCCCUUUUACUUUCUGGUAUCUUCUCCCACCUUGAUAAAAGGAAAAACAAAACACUGCAGGCUUGUUAAGUGACUUCAGUAUUGCUCUAUUUUUUUUUAUUCUAUCCAUUUGUCCUGUGUUAACAGGAAUUUCUUUUGCCUUGAAGGGCUGGCAGACCUGAAAUUGUAUUUGAAAUACUGUCUUCUGUUGUAAUUUAAAUUAUAAAUGUAUUUUUGACUGUAUGUUAUCUCUAGGAACAAAGAACAUGCAUCCAAUAAUAGGGUUACCCAAAUCUUCUUGCCAGUAUUUUCUCAUGUGUGUACUUUUACAUAAAUUAUUUGAAUUCAGACAACA